AUUCAUUUUAAAUGAGCACUAAGUUGCUGCCGGUCAUCGCGCACACACAUAGCCUACGCACGAAGCAAAAAAAAAAUAUGUGUUGGACUACAUCACUUUUUCGCAGGAGAGAAUAAUUAUACGUGUCCCGCUCUCUGGCGCGCGCUGUAACGCGUUUUGACGCACGGCGCGUGCGGGGCGCUCACAGACGUCGCGUAGCCUUCUGCGGAGCAGAAUCAAUGCAAAUUUAAAGAAUAACGCGCACGCGGAAUUGCCAGCCAUCUCCACUAUAGCGCACAAUGCCAAAGCCAACCUGCCGAGCAUCAAGGUGCUCUAGCAGUUUGAUAGCAAAGUGAUUUUUCGGCAGAGGUCCAUUAAUAAAUGAUGGGUCUAAUCUAAACCAUGGUGCAAUUGAACCCCUGUAACGUGAAACGAGCUGGACGUUGCUUUUUCCUUUCACUUAGACAAAAGCUCGGCGCACCGCUACAGAAAGUCAAGGGACGAUCCGGAGGACUUCUCCCAUGUUUUGGUUGAUUGUAAGAGUCUUUGAAGGAUAAUUAUAGACGUUGACUGGAUGCGGAACGGGCUUCUCCAAUGACCUGUCACUCAUCCGACUCCACGGAAAGCAUCGAGAAUGAAAGGAGAUCGCAAACCGAAACCCAAGUCGCGGAGUCCGAACAGAGUCGCAUCGCCACUGCCAUGAGAGACCUUAAAAAUACUGCAGGCUGGUAUUGGGGCAGCCUGACAGCCAAUGGAGCCAAGGAGAUCCUGCAGGAUACGUCAGAAGGCACGUUUCUGGUCCGAGACAGCUCUCAGAGGGACUACCUCUUCACCAUCUCCGCCAUGACGUCUGCCGGACCCACCAACUUGCGUAUCGAAUUCAAGGAUGGCAAGUUUAAGCUGGACUCUGUGGUGCUGGUCAAGCCCAAACUCAAGCAGUUUGACAGCGUGGUCCAUCUCGUGGAGCACUAUGUACAGCUGUCCAGGACGUCUUGUAAGGAGAGGACCAAUUCUCUUGCCCCAUCCAAUGGCACAGUGCAGCUCCUACUGACAACUCCUGUGUAUACAGCCAUACCAUCUCUGCAACAUCUGUGUCGAAUCGCCAUCAACAAGGCCACGCGGCAAGUAAAUGAACUUCCUCUGCCGAACAGGCUGAAGGACUAUCUAACAGACUAUACGUACAACGUAUAGAAACGCAAAGUGCUGGGUUUCAUGUGAUACUCUACAUUCGUGAUGAUUUCCUCUUUUUUGUCCCCAAGGACAAUGUUAAGCAGAAUAUCUUAAUAAUGUUAAGUGUCCUUCAUUGAGCACUUAACACGUUUAUGGCCUGUAGAUAUUCUACAGUCGGUUUUUAUGGAAUGAGUGUAUCUGUUUGUGCGUAUGUGUGUGUCUGGCCUACAUAGUCAUCUGUAGGAUUUUCACCGGUCAGAUGUACUGUAUACAACACCUCAAGGUGUGGCCACCAGGUGCGUGUUUUAAUGCAAGUGUCUGAGAUGUUUUGCACCCUGUGUUUGAGACACGGGAGCUCAAAACUGUAUGCUUUCGGUUUUUGACUGUGUUUUUAUCUGCUAUCUGCGUUAUAUUUUUGUACUGUAGUUUUAGACAAAAUGAUAAGUUUCUCCAUCUUGAUUGAAAAAUGUCAUUGAUUGGGAACGUCUAGCCCAAGAAACUGCUAGUGGCAUGCACCUUGCGAUAUGAUAUAUUUCCCGAUAUUUGUGUCAUCGUGAUUUUAUGGUGAUUUCGAUUACUACUGAAACCCAAAAGAACUCAUAACUAUUUACUGUUACGCUGAAUAGGCAUACUGAUGAUUUAAAAUCAUUAAAAACGCCCAAUUUAUGCUAUAAAAUGCAAAAUCAGAACAUAAAAAUGCCAUUUUGUAUGCUUUAAUCCUGCAUACUGUAAUUUAGCAGCAUGGUUUAUUCUUGUUUUUGUUACAAAUGGUCAAGAAGUUUUGGCUUGUGUUAACCCUACCUCAGGAGGGCUUCUUGAUAAACCUGCAUGCUCAUUGGUCAUAUAAUGAUGACAAUAUUAUGCUGAAUCAAUUUUUUUACAGACCAAAAAUAGCUAAAUCAGAAGUUUCAUUCGUAUUCAUGUCAGGUGCUAAUUUUUAUUGUCUCCUCACUGUUUGUGAGAAGAUUAUAAGAAAAAAAAUGAUUGACCAUUCAAAAUGCUAAUAAUUGGAUAUCUAUUCUAUUUUGGAUUAAAGGAUUAGUCCAUUUUCUUAAAAGAAAAAUCCAGAUAAUUUACUCACCACCAUGUCAUCCAAAAUGUUGAUGUCUUUCUUUGUUCAGUCG